AUGGAUGUUGGACAGGCCAAGCACUGGGAGAACCAGAGCACAGUGAAUGAGUUCAUCUUGUUGGGAUACCAAGAAUAUCCUGCUAUCCUCUUUAUUGCCUUCCUGGCCAUAUACAUGGCAAUAUUACUGGGCAACGGUCUUAUUGUGAUGGUUACAACACUGGACCCUGCCUUACAUACACCCAUGUACUUCUUCCUGCGCAGUCUCUCAGGACUGGAGAUGUGCUACACCUCAGUCACCCUUCCUAAAAUGAUGGCCAAUCUAAUCUCAGGGAACCUCUCCAUCUCUUUACUAGCCUGUGCCUCACAGAUGUUUUUCCUGCUUUUUCUGGGUGGGACCGAGUGCUUCCUACUGGCAGCCAUGGCCUAUGACCGCUAUCUUGCCAUCUGCCUGCCUCUCCGCUACAUGACCAUCAUGAGCCAUAAGGUGCGGGUGGGGAUGGUGGUCAGUUCCUUUGCCAUCAGCCUCCCUGUGCAGAUGUUGCAAAUUGGGUUCAUCUUCUCCUUGCCUUUUUGUGGGCCCAAUGAGAUUGACCACUUCUUCUGCGACAUACCACCAAUACUCAGCCUGGCAUGUGCUGACCUGUAUGCCAGCGAGUUGACUGUGUAUACCAAUAACUUUCUCUUUGUUAUAAUCCCCUUUUUCCUCAUUUUGGCCUCCUAUAUACACAUCACCAGAACCAUCCUGCACUUGCCAUCAGCCACAGGACGCCAAAAGGCCUUCUCCACUUGCUCAUCCCACCUUACUGUGGUCAUUCUCUUUUAUGGCUCUGCAACAGUCGUGUACCUGAGGCCCAAGACACCCGACUCUGUGAAAGUGGACAAGUUGCUUUCCCUGCUCUACACAGUCAUCAUUCCCCUCUGCAACCCACUUAUUUACACCCUGAGAAACAGGGAAGUGAAGGCAGCCAUUAGGAAGCUAUUAGGAAGGAAAUAG